ACUGGUACUGGUAUCCAAGACUGGAGGUCAAUCGGAACAAUGUGCUUCUUCUCAUAAUAUAUUUUGGCUCGAUCCUCCCCACAAUUUCCACGAGCGCAAGAUGACGACGACCUUGAAUCUUUCCAACACGGACUUGGCGCUGGCGGCCUUCAAGCACAUCGAGUUCCUCAAGGGCCUCCAUGCCUUGUCCAUCACCCUGGAGAAGCCGUCCUUGGAGAGCUUGGACCGUUAUCUGAACUAUUGGUUGCCACUCGUUGCCAGUACUCUCGAGGACGACAAGCCCAGCCAACUAAUCCCUCCUCCCGACGUUGCUUGGUUGUUGCAUUGUCAUCGGUUGGCUCCGUCACUCUACGAGCAACAUGUGUCGAAACGAUUUGGAAAGCUUGUAGAACCGCCGCACAGUAGCGCCUUUGAGUUUCAAACCGUAGAUGAUGUGCGUGUGGAAGCCCAGCAAACUCGAGAGUUUUGGGAGGGGCUGUAUCCAAAUCAUCCAUUCUUCCUCGUAGAGUGUGAUAAUCCAACCCACAGCACAGCUACAGCAGCAUUAUUAGAAGCAGAGCCUUUACUCUCUACCAAGGAACCCACCAACGAUACUUCAUCUAUCCAACAUCCUUUGAAUUCUUCCCACCUGCGGCAUGUCAACUUGCAAGAGUUUCUGGACAAGGAGUUUCCAUUGAUUGACUCCACAGAACGGCAAGCUACCUUCCUUUGGCAGGUAUCGGGGGAACAAUUUGGCAGGUUGGACUUUGUGAUGGAAGGUGUGGAGAACUACAUCAAGUUUCUUCAGCUCUUCGGAUCCAACCCCAACAGUGGAGUUCCCUUGGUUCCCACGUACCAAAUUGAUUUGAUAUGGCAUACCCACAUGUUGAAGUCUCUUCAAAUGUACAACGAUGAUUGUAUCCGCAUCACUGGCCGUAGAUUCCAUCACGAUGAUUCGCUCAACGACCGCACCAAAGGAGGAAAAUUGGAAAAUUCCUUUGAGAGCACUUGCAAACUUUGGAAGAAGAUCCAUGGCAUGGAAUAUGCCGUCCCCGGUGGCAUGUAUCGGGGGGAACCGCCCCAAGGGUACUGGGAUCCGACUUGGUCGUCCUCUGCUGUAGAUCAUCCGACUUCCGCGCCGCCAGCCCCAUUAGUAGCAGGAUCGUUCUCGGCGGGCACACAGUCACCAGCACCGAAGAAGUGGUUGAAAGCCGGACGUGAUAUCUACUAUCAAGGGAACCCAACCUUCAUCGAAGCCAGCCCCAAGGAUCGACGUCGUGGCAUUAAUGCCAACCAAAGGAAAGAAGACUACAUCUUUGGCAAACCUGAUCAGUACUGGAUGGGUGCAGGAUACUAUCACAUCUAUACCAGAGAGGGUUGGUCCAUGUUGAUCAAACGGCUCGAAAAGAGGGCGCGGCAAGCAAGCCACGUUUGCGAGAACUACUUGUGCUUGCGUUGCGCUUGCUUGGGCCUCACGCCCUGGCAAACGAGGGAAUAUCAACAGCUGGAAGCUCGCCACAAGGAACUCCUGGCUCUUUUGCACCAAGCGGAAGCACAGCAUGCACGGGGAGGCCCAGGUGAGGCCAUUGUUGCGAAGCAUCAAACUGAUAACGAAGUGGAACGUCCUAGAAGCGCGUACAUCGGAGACAGCACAGGUGCUGCAUACUAUGGUGGAGCAGCAUGCGGCGCUUAUACACCCAGUCAUUAUCACCAUGUCUCCCACCAUAACUAUUGCGAUGCGGCUGCCUGCGGUGGUGGGACUGGCGACGGCGGAGGUUGCGGUGGCGGUGGUGCUUGUGGCGGUGGGGGGGCUGCCUGUGGCGGCGGAGAUGGCGGAGGCUGUGGAGGCGGAGCUUGUGGUGGUGGUGGCUGUGGUGGGGGAGGCUGUGGUGGGGGCGGCUGUGGUGGAGGAUAAACUCCGGCCCACACGGCAUCCCUGUAGGAGGAACAUCCUGUAGAGGGCCUUUGAAGAUCUGAGAGACGCGCUGUUCGACAAUCUGUCUGCAGAUUUGAUGUGGUGAAGCAUGCCUCCACUGGGAUAAUGAAACCAUUCUAAUGAAAGGUUACAUCGCACCCUUCCCAGCAGGAUCCGUCUCGAUCCCCGGCGCAACCUCACGACUCCUCAUGAGACCAUUCAGCACCUCAAUUGGUUCUCCGUGGACCCCACAAACCAAGCUGAUAAAGGGUGAACCAUUGUUUCGUGGGUGGUGAAUAGUUGGCAAUCAAAAUUAUAGACUAUGUCAUGCUUUUGGGUGAUUCUCACAAGUACAACCACAUAGACUAGUUCCAUAGCAGACUGACAGGUUGGUCGUUGGAUCGGAAUAGUCAUUCCCACCAAAACGUUUCAUUUCACGUGGCGGGAGUAUGACGCCACAAAAUCCAGCAGGGAUGCUCCCAGAUAAGGAUGUGUUCAUGACUACCAGGCUUGUCAAGUUGUCCAACAAAAGCAAUUCCGUGGGAAGAGUCCCAGAAAGGUUGGUAUUUUGCAGUUCAAGAUUCUCAAGACUAGACAACAAACCAAUUUCUGUUGCAAUAGACCCUGAGAAAAGGUUGUCAUUGAUGUGCAACUGCUGUAACUGGGUGAGUUGGGGAAGCAAAUCUUGUUCCAGUGGUCUGCCCACUAAUUGGUUGGCCCUAAUGAGCAGUUGUCGCAGCUCUUGAAUUAGAGCAGACAGAUGGAAAAGCAUGAGCUUGAGAUGAAUUUUGCAAAUCUGGUAUCAUGAGAAGAUAACUCACGUGACAUCAUGGUUAACUCUUCUGGUAAAGUGCCAGUGAUGGAGUUCCUUGCCAAGUUCAAGAAUCUCUGCAAAGAAGUGACACAACGCCGUUAGUGCAUAGAGGAAGCAU